AACUGAAAAUGAGUCAGGUAUUGAAAGAAUUGAAAAACUCGCAUUCAAGCUAUGACCAAGCUUCAGAAAAGAGUAAUGUGGAGGAAGUAGUCACAGGAAGAUGGAUAGCAAGGCCUACCAUUCAAACACACACAAAACUUUCUUCUCAAGGACAUGACUAUACAAGAAAACAGCCAGAAAACAUUGCUGCUAGUAAUGAAUCUGUUACAAAAAGUAACCAUGAAAUGCAGAGUCAGCUGAGUGAAACACCUGCUCUAGAGAGAAGUGAUGGCAUAACUCCCAUAAUCCUUCCAGAAACUGAACUUGCAUCAAGAAGUAAAUUGAGUAAAACAUUUAUAAACAGAAGACAGACUAAGAUGCACAACUAUGGCUUUCAAGUCCAAGAACAAGAUGACAACGUGAAAAUUAUUCGACAAGAUACACCUCAAAAUUUAACAAAUAAUUUAUUUUCCGCUUCCUCAACAACUCGUACAAGAAACAGAAACAAUGAGACAGAAAUAUUUUCAGACAUAUCAAGCAGAACUACACUUACUGCAUCACCUACUUCACUUUACAGCACUUCAUCAACACUAUUGCAAAAAGAUUACAAAGUGAGUUCAGGAGUAGAGUCUGCUCCAGACCUCUCAGCUAUAGGUACUUAUGAAACAGAUUUAAGACCAGACAGCACUGUUAGAAAUACUGUUGUCAACAUAAAUUACACAAUCAGCAAAGUUUCAACCAAAUUUAGUAACUCUAAUGGGAAUAAUGAGUAUGUUGAAAUAAGAAACAAUUCAGCAACCAAAUUCCCGAACAAUUAUAUCACUUACCAGACAAGUGUUGAACAUAAUGGGGAUUCAGAAAAGGAACCUUAUAAUUAUUAUGAUCGAAUAAUUAAUACAACUAAUGACGAACAAAGAAUUGUAAAUGAAAUUAGUAAAUUUGCCACAGUUCAUAUGACUGGAUCAGACAAAAAGGGAUAUGUAAACAAAUCUUCUACAGCAACUAAAGUAACAACCACAGUACAACCCAUCACACAAGAACCUCAGUCAGCACAAAUAGUUGCAAGCUCUAGUGACAGAGGCAACCAACCUCUUUUUUCUAUGUUGACAAAGACAUUUAACAAGGUGUCAACAGAUGGGAGCUACCAGCAGAAUUCAAUGGCUGCUUCGACAAUAGUUAAUGUGAAAACUGAAGUUAACAAUAGUGAGACAGCUUGUCCCAGAAACUACAGCUUCCAAUGUGGGGAUGGAGAGUGUAUCUCUCAAAUGUCUCGCUGCAAUCAGCUCGUUGACUGCAGUGAUGGAGCUGAUGAGAAGCAGUGUACUUGUGCUGAUUACUUAAAAACACAAUUUUCCACUCGAAAAUUGUGUGAUGGAGUUGUUGACUGCUGGGAUUUCACAGACGAGAUCAAUUGUGAAUGGUGUAGACUGGGGCAGUUUGUAUGUCCUAACUCUCAGGUUUGCGUGGAUCAGGAAAAGCUUUGUGAUGGAGCAACAGACUGUCCAUUUGGUGAUGAUGAGAAACGGUGUGUCACUGUCUCCAAAUCAACUAAAGAAGCUGACAACUUCACAUACCAAUCUGAAGGUUUCCUUAUGGUGAGGAAAAGAGGGCAGUGGGGUAAGCUUUGCUUGCAUAAUUUUGAAAAGAUUCUCGCAAAAUCUCAGUCGUCUUGGAAAAUAACAGAUCUGGGAAGAGCUGUGUGCAAAGCAAUGACGUACAGUGAUUUUGACACUGUUGAACACCAGACAGAAAUAAUUAAAAAUGUUGAUGAAGUGGAUGAUGAUCACUAUUUUGAGAUCACGUUUGCACCUCCGAACAGCACUGAAUACACACAGAAAUCUGUAUUGUCAUUCCAGCCUUCUGAGUGCCCCCAGCAGGAAUUGCUGCAUGUAACAUGCAAGGAUUUGGAAUGUGGAAUACGUCCACAAGCUGUAAACCAGUGGGCUAGGAUUGUUGGAGGCGGCAAUGCUGGACCUGGUUCUUGGCCAUGGCAGGCAGCACUCUACAAGGAGGGAGAAUUUCAAUGUGGAGCCACACUUAUAUCAGAGUACUGGCUUAUUUCAGCUGGACAUUGCUUUUACCAUGCACUUGACGACUUCUGGGUUGCUCGACUUGGUGCUUUGAGAAGAGGAACAAGUUUUCCAUCACCAUAUGAACAGCAAAUGCCAAUAACCGAUAUAAUAUUGCAUCCAAAUUACAUUGACAAUGGCUUUAUCAAUGACAUAACACUGCUGCGUAUGCAGGGUCCUGUAGCAUUCAGUGAUUAUGUGCGACCUAUAUGCUUACCAAAGCCCAACUCAGUUCUCAAAGAUGGCCGACUAUGCACAGUCAUAGGGUGGGGGCAAUUGUUUGAAGAUGGUCGAAUAUUCCCUGAUACACUGCAGGAGGUACAGCUUCCUAUAAUAACAACAGCAGAGUGCAGGAAAAGAACAGUGCUUCUCCCACUUUACAGAGUUACAGAAAACAUGUUUUGUGCUGGAUUUGAUAGAGGUGGAAGAGAUGCCUGCCUUGGUGAUUCAGGUGGUCCUCUGAUGUGUCAGGAACCAGAUGGUCGUUGGACAUUGUAUGGAGUAACAAGUAAUGGCUAUGGCUGUGCAAGAGCAAAUCGUCCUGGAGUUUAUACAAAGGUAUCAAAUUACAUGCCAUGGAUAACACAAUCCAUGAACCAAAAUGAACGAACUCCAAAGAAACCUGAACCUUUCUGCAGGGGACAUAGGUGCCCCCUUGGGGAAUGUUUGCCAAAAAGCAGAGUCUGUAAUGGUUUCAUGGAAUGCAGUGAUGGAAGUGAUGAAAAAGGAUGUUGGUGAUCUGCUAUAGUACUGUCUUCAGCAUGAAUCCCACAGAGUUUGCCAGAUGUGAUGCAUAAGCAGUAGAUUGAAGUAAUGUGCUGACACCAGUGAUAGUUUCCGCCCACCAGAAUUUUAAAUCCGAAGAUGGCCUAAUCUGGUUGAAAUGAUAGGUACAAUUAAAAUGUGAUCUAGGCUGUGUUUUGUUCAUAAAAAAAUAGAACUAUUUACUUUUGUGACAAAUGGCUGUAUUUUAAUCAGCUGUACAGCUCUGUUCAACGGAGCAGAUUCCUAGUGAGAUUAUUUUUGUAAGAUUAUUGUUCUGUGCAUAAACUGUAAAUAAUACUGUUAAUACUAUUGCAUGACUCAGAAAUCAACUGUGAACAUUC